CUUAUUCUUUCACCAGAGGCUCAGAUUUUAGGAGUUCUUCCUUCUGCUACAGGUUUCAUCUUUUAUUGGAGAUUUGCUAUUUCAUCAGGAGGCUUCAUCUUUCAUGCUUUUUCAGAUUCAG